UUAAGCGCUUUUUUCUUUUCCUUCCUUUUCUUUUUAAUUUUUUUUUCUCUGUUUGCUUAUUUAUUUGUUUUAAUUUACCUCUCUCUCUGUCUUGCUUGAAGUCUCCUUUGCUAAAUUGAGCGAGUAAACGAUCUUAACUCUUUCUCUCUUUGUUAAUUUCGCGUUUCUUGGAUAUGAUUUUGGAUAUUCGCUUUCUCUUCAAGUAAAUGAUUGUUUUUGCUUUAGUUCAACGUUCUUUAGAAGCAUGAUUUGUUGUUGCUGAAGAGAAAGCCAGAGAGAGAAAAAGAGAGAUUUUUUUUUUUGUUUAUAGAAAAAGAAAAAAAAUGAAGAGGUCAAGAGAUGAUGUAUACGUCACCUCUUCUUCUCAAUCUCAACUUAAGAGGCCUAUGGUCUCUUCACGUGGUGAAACUUCGGGGCAACCACAGAUGAUGGGAGGAGGAGGAGGUGGUAGUGGUGGUGGUGGUGGUGGAGGAGGAGGAGCUAGUGGUGGUGGAGGAGGAGGAGCUAGUGGUGGUGGACAGAAACUAACAACAAAUGAUGCUUUGGCAUAUCUCAAAGCUGUGAAGGAUAUAUUUCAAGAUAAAAGGGAUAAAUAUGAUGACUUUCUUGAGGUCAUGAAGGAUUUCAAAGCUCAAAGAAUUGACACUGCAGGUGUCAUAGCCAGGGUAAAGGAUUUAUUUAAAGGGCAUCGUGACCUAAUUUUAGGUUUCAAUACCUUCUUGCCUAAGGGAUAUGAGAUCACCCUCCCUCUAGAGGAUGAACAACCUCCACAGAAAAAGCCUGUUGAAUUUGAAGAAGCAAUUAAUUUUGUGAACAAAAUUAAGACUAGGUUUCAAGGUGAUGAUCAUGUUUAUAAAUCAUUUUUAGACAUUUUGAACAUGUACAGAAAAGAAAAUAAAUCGAUUACAGAAGUCUACCAAGAGGUUGCUACACUUUUUCAAGACCACAAUGAUCUGCUCAUGGAGUUUACUCAUUUUCUACCUGAUUCUUCAGCUACAGCCUCUGCUCACUAUGCUCCAUCUGUUAGGAAUUCUAUUCAUCGUGAUCGGAGCUCUGCCAUGCCCACCAUGCGACAAAUGCAUAUAGACAAGAAAGAAAGGAUGACUGCUUCCCAUGCAGAUCGUGACUUCAGUGUUGACCGUCCUGAUCCAGACCACGAUAGAUCUCUAAUAAGAUCAGACAAAGAACAAAGAAGACGUGGUGAAAAAGAAAAGGAGAGAAGAGAAGAUAGAGUUAGGAGAGAACGGGAACGAGAAGAUAGAGAUUACGAGCAUGAUGGCAGUCGUGAGUUCAACAUGCAACGGUUUCCCCACAAACGAAAAUCUACUCGUAGGGUUGAAGAUUCGGCUGCUGAUCAUCAAGGUGGGGAUGGGGAUGAAAAUUUUGGAAUGCACCCUGUUUCAUCCACUUUUGAUGAUAAAAAUGCUGUGAAAAAUGCACUAAGUCAAGAACUGUCUUUCUGUGAGAAAGUGAAGGAAAAGCUGCGUAAUGCUGAUGAUUACCAAGGAUUUUUGAGGUGCCUUCAUCUAUAUACCAAGGAAAUUAUCACAAGAGCAGAGUUACAAUCCUUGGUAAAUGAUUUACUUGGAAAAUAUCAAGAUCUUAUGGAUGGCUUUGAUGAAUUUUUGGCUCGAUGUGAAAAGAAUGAAGGUCUACUAGCAGGUGUUGUGAGUAAAAAAUCCCUGUGGAAUGAAGGUAAUUUGCCUAGACCUGUGAAGCUGGAAGACAAGGAUAGAGAUCGGGAUCGCGGGAGGGAAGAUGGGAUCAAAGAUAGAGAACGCGAAACGCGUGAAAGGGAUAGACUUGACAAAAAUGUAGCCUUUGGUCCUAAAGAUACUGGGGGUCACAAGAUGUCCUUAUUUUCUAGCAAGGAUAAGUUUUUGGCAAAACCCAUUAAUGAACUUGACCUAUCUAACUGUGAGCGCUGCACUCCCAGCUAUCGACUUCUACCAAAGAAUUAUCCCAUACCUUCAGCAAGUCAGAGGACAGAACUUGGUGCUGAAGUACUAAAUGAUCAUUGGGUAUCUGUCACUUCAGGAAGUGAAGAUUAUUCUUUUAAACACAUGCGGAAAAACCAGUAUGAAGAAAGCCUGUUUCGAUGUGAAGAUGACAGGUUUGAGCUGGACAUGUUGUUGGAAUCUGUGAAGGUGACAACCAAGCGCGUCGAAGAACUGUUGGAAAAGAUCAACAAUAAUACAAUCAAAGCAGAUGGCCUAAUACGUAUUGAUGAGCACUUAACAGCUCUGAAUGUAAGGUGCAUUGAGCGUUUGUAUGGUGAUCAUGGGCUUGAUGUGAUGGACGUAUUAAGGAAGAACACUUCUCUUGCUUUGCCCGUUAUAUUAACUCGUUUGAAGCAGAAACAAGAAGAGUGGCAAAAGUGCCGUGCUGACUUUAACAAAGUUUGGGCUGAAAUUUAUGCUAAGAACUAUCACAAGUCCCUUGAUCAUCGUAGCUUCUAUUUCAAGCAGCAGGAUACUAAGAGCUUGAGCACAAAGGCCUUAUUGGCAGAAAUCAAAGAACUUAGUGAGAAGAAGCGGAAAGAAGAUGAUAUGCUUCUUGCUUUUGCUGCUGGAAACAGACGGCCUAUUAUACCAAAUUUGGAAUUUGAGUACCCAGAUCCUGACAUUCAUGAGGAUUUAUAUCAGCUCAUUAAAUACUCCUGUGGAGAAGUCUGUACAACUGAACAGUUGGACAAAGUCAUGAAGGUUUGGACAACUUUUUUGGAACCCAUGCUUGGUGUUCCUUCUCGGCCUCAGGGUGCAGAGGACACAGAAGAUGUUGUGAAGGCAAAGAAUCAUUCCUCCAAAAGUGGAGAUAGUGAAGGCAGCCCUAGUGGUGGUGCUACAAUUAUCAACAAGCAUCCAAAUCCUUCUAGGAACGGAGAUGAAAGCAUGCCACUUGAGCAAUCCAGUUCAUGCAGGAACUGGUUGCCAAAUGGAGAUAAUGGUUCUCCAGAUGUAGAACGAAUUGCUCGUAAGAGUGAUACAUCCUGCAGUACAAUUCAACAUGAUAAAUUGCAGAAUAAUCCUGCCUCAGCUGAUGAAACAUCAGUAGUUGGCAAACAAGCUACUUCCAGUGAACGAUUGGUCAAUUCAAACACAUCACUUGCCACUGGAGCAGAGCUAAGUAAUGGAAGAACUAAUGUAGAAUCAGGGCUUAACAAUACUCCUUCAAGACCAAGCAAUGGUGCCCUCAAUGGUGGGUUCGGAUUAGGUUCAAGCAAUGAAAAUUUACCUUCAGCAGAGGGUGGUGAUUUUUCAAGACCAAACAUAUCCACAAAUGGGCUGAUGAUAGAAGGCAUGAGGAGUCAGAGAUAUAAUGAUGAAUCUGCUGCACAAUUUAAAAUUGAGAGAGAAGAGGGUGAAUUGUCUCCAAAUGGAGAUUUUGAGGAAGAUAAUUUUGCAGCUUAUGGAGAAGCUGGUUCAGAGGCUGUGCAUAAGGCAAAGGAAAAUGCUGUAAACAGGCAAUACCAAACAAGACAUGGUGAAGAAGAAACAUGUGGGGAGGCAGGAGGAGAAAAUGAUGCUGAUGCUGAUGAUGAAGGCGAUGAAAGUGCUCACAGGUCAUCAGAGGACAGUGAGAAUGCCUCUGAGAAUGGUGAGGUUUCUGGAAGUGAGUCCGGUGAUGGUGAAGAUUGUUCUCGGGAAGAGCAUGAGGAAGCUGGAGAACAUGAUGAGCAUGAUAAUAAAGCUGAAAGUGAAGGUGAGGCCGAAGGGAUGGCUGAUGCCCACGAUGUUGAAGGAGAAGGAACGAUGUUGCCGUUUUCAGAACGAUUUCUUCUAAACGUGAAGCCUCUAGCAAAGCAUGUACCACCAGCAUUGCAUGACAAAGAUAAGGGUUCUCGGGUUUUCUAUGGAAAUGAUUCUUUCUAUGUGCUUUUUAGGCUUCAUCAAACGCUCUAUGAGAGAAUACAAUCAGCAAAAAUUAAUUCAUCAUCUGCUGAAAGGAAAUGGAGGGCGUCAAAUGAUACAAGUCCUACUGAUCUCUAUGCCAGGUUUAUGAGUGCUCUUUACAACUUGCUUGACGGUUCUUCUGAUAAUACAAAAUUUGAGGAUGACUGCCGGGCUAUUAUUGGAACCCAAUCAUAUGUUCUAUUCACAUUAGACAAGUUGAUAUAUAAACUUGUCAAACAGCUCCAAACAGUGGCAUCUGAUGAGAUGGACAACAAGCUACUUCAACUAUAUGCAUAUGAAAAAUCAAGAAAACCUGGACGAUUCAUUGAUGUAGUCUAUCAUGAAAAUGCCCGCGUUCUUCUUCAUGAUGAGAACAUAUAUCGAAUUGAAUGUUGUUCCACACCAACCCAUUUGUCUAUUCAGCUCAUGGACUUUGGACAUGAUAAGCCUGAAGUGACUGCUGUUUCCAUGGAUCCUAAUUUUGCAGCAUAUCUGCACAAUGAAUUCCUCUCCAUUGUUCCUGACAAAAAGGAAAAGUCUGGGAUUUUCCUGAAGAGGAAUAAACACAGAUGUGGAAGUCAUGAUGAAUCUCAGACUAUGGAAGGAUUUCAAGUGCUUAAUGGUCUAGAGUGCAAGAUUGCUUGCAAUUCAUCCAAAGUAUCCUACGUUUUAGAUACAGAAGAUUUUUUGUUCCGAACUAAGAGGAGAAAAAGAACUCCGCAACCAAACAGCUCAUGCCAUGACCAAACAAAGACUUCCAAAAAAGUAGAGCAGUUUCACAGAUGGUUAUCCAGCUCAUAAGAGGCCUUUCUGUGACCCUGAAAGUGGACAUGAGCAUAUUGAAAGAUGAUGGAGGCGCUAGAAAUGGAAGUUUGAUGGCGCCACAACUGAAAUUAUCUUCAAAAUGUGUCUCACCAAGAGAAUAAAGAAUCAAACAGAAAAUGGCUCCGCCAGAUUGUAGUAUAGUGUAAGUUCGUGGCUUUUUUCUGCCACAAUCUUGUAAAUAGAAAUGACAUGUGAUGUAAUACCCGAGAUAUAUGUUCAUUCCAUUCAUCAAUAUUUUUAUAAUAUUUUUCUCUCAGAUA